UCAAAAGUAAAAUUCAGUUUCUGUUUGGUAGUGGAAGCGGAGAAAGCGCAAACGGGAGAAAAACGCCGCAAAAACGGAGAAUAAAGCCCCAGAACAGCGUCAAAAACCACACAGACGCCAUAAGCUUCACCUUGUCGACUAACAUGGCGCCUGAGAAUUUUCGUCUUUCAUUUAGCGGGGUAGCUUGCUGGAUGCUAAUGCAGGUGCAGGAUGAGUUCAGCAGCAGAGGGCGAGGCUGCAGCGUUAGAGACAGUCAAGUCCGUCACACUCACUCAGGACAGUGAUGGAAGCAUCAUACUGCACUGUCCCACCAACGAUGAAGACUCGGAGCCCCUUCAGAAGAAACUUUGUCUGUCUACAGAAGAACAGGACGACUCGGACUCACGUCAGUUCUCUGUCGUCAGCUUACCGAUGUCAGAGAAUGAUGAAGGCUUCGAGGUGACGAUGACGGCCACCGCUGACGGGGACCUCUCUGAGGAGGGCGUCGCUCAGAUUCAGAUUCUGCAGGAGGAUGAGGACUCUCUCUCACCCAAUCAGAAGACAGAGGUGUCACCUGUCAGUCAGGCCUGGUUCACUACAAAAGAAGACAAAGACACUCUGGCUAACAAAGGUCAUAAGUGGAAGCAGGGCAUGUGGUCCAAAGAGGAGAUUGACAUACUGAUGAGCAACAUCGAUCGAUAUGUGAAGGACCGAGGCAUCCAAGAUCCAGCAGAGAUCAUAUUUGAGAUGUCCAAAGAGGAGAGGAAGGAUUUUUACCGCUCUGUGGCCUUAGGUUUAAACAGGCCGCUGUUCGCCGUCUACAGACGAGUUCUACGAAUGUACGACAACCGGAACCACGUCGGCAAGUAUACUCCUGAAGAGAUAGAGAAGCUAAAAUCGUUGAGGGAGAAACACGGGAACGACUGGGCGACCAUCGGAGCCGCUCUGGGUCGCAGUGCGUCUUCUGUUAAAGACCGAUGCCGACUAAUGAAGGACACGUGCAACACAGGUAAAUGGAGCGAGGAGGAGGAGCGACGUCUUGCUGAGGUCGUAUACGAGAUGGCGGGCGUGUCACCGGGGUCGGCGGUCACAGGAGGCGUCUCCUGGGCCUCGGUCGCCGAUCAGGUUCGCACGCGCUCAGAGAAACAGUGUCGGUCAAAAUGGCUGAACUAUCUGAACUGGAAACACAGUGGAGGAACGGAGUGGACGAAGGAGGACGACCUGAACCUCAUACGCAGGAUAUCGGAGCUGGAGGUGGAGGAUGAGAAUGAAAUCAAGUGGGAGGACCUUGCAGGCGGGUGGAGCAGCGUCCGAUCGCCUCAGUGGCUGCGAUCCAAGUGGUGGAGCAUCAAGAGACAAGUAGCCAAUCACAAGGAGAUCCCUUUCAGUGUCCUCCUGAAGGGCCUCCAGGAGCUGAUGGCGUCCUCACAGAUAGGAUCCGGACCGGGGAGCCCCUCAUCCUCAUCGCUCCAGAUUCGACUCACCCGAUUGGAGGAGAGCAGCGGCAGCCCCGCCCCUAGCUCUGUAGCGGCGCUGCAGAUUCCCGUUCAGAUCCCGCUGCAGAUCACACACCUGGCCUCAGAUUCUUCAGCAGCAGCCGGCGACACGGAAACCAUCACUCUGAACACAGGAGCCCUGCAGACCUUUGAGAUCCUGCCUUCCUUUCACCUGCAGCCCACCGGCACCCCGGGCACCUACUACCUCCAGACAACGUCCAGUCAGGGCCUGCCGCUCAGCCUCUCCUCCAGUCAGGGCCUUCCACUCAGUUUGGCCAAUAACAGCACGGUUACCCUGACGACGGGCUCCUCUCCUUCAUCACACGAACACAUCAUCCUUCACAGUCUGUCGACUGACAGCCUCUGCUCCGGCGACGGCGUCAUCAUCCAGACAGUCACCUCUGACCCCGCCUCCUCUGACCCUCUCAGCCAAUCACAGCUGGUCGUGGAGACAGAGGGCCGGAGCCAGGACGACCACCUGGAUGCCACAAGCCUCCUGGAGGGUUCAGAGAGCGUUGUCACGGAAACGCAGGAGCCAAUGACAGACGGCUUCACUGACAAGGAGCUGAGUUCCCCCUCUGUUGAGGGUCCAGUGGUGCAUUCUGGGAUAACAUCUGGCAGCGCUGUGCUGAUUGUGUCUCCUCCCAACAUCAGCAGCACACUGACAGAUCCCAUCUUGGAGAACCAGGAAGGCUCCGACUGAGCUGGACUUGCGCGGCUGUAAAUGAAACAGAAUCUGUGAAUCUCGUCUGAAGCUUCGUGCGUUUGAAGCUUCGCACUGAUCCCCUGGAUGAAAUGUGAACGCAGCGCCGCGCGAGCCCCCGGCCUUCAGCAGACGUCCUCACAGCUUCUGCAGUGCCAAAGAGACUCUAAAGGCUGUGACGGAGGGAAAUCUGGGCACCUUCAUCAGGCCAAACUGUGAACAGAGCCUUUAAACCCCCCCGUGUUAAUGUGUACAUAUAACUGCGUGAACAUGAAGCGGAAAUUCUUAGUGGCAAACUGAAUGAUUAAUAAAUCAUGUCCGGAGCGACGUCCUUGUAUUUUAAACUGGAUCUGUGGGUUUCUUCGGUGUGAGGAGCUGUUUGUGGAGGACAGAGGACGUGAAAACACAUGUUCUAAUCUGCACCAACAAACAGGAAUAUCUGGGAACUAACAACUGCAAAUGUUCAUUACAUUACACUGUGAUUA